GUCAGGGUUGAAGAGGCUAAACUCCUUGUGUCCCUCCAUCACGGUGGUACUAGAAGCAGAAUUUGUGAUGAUCAAACUCCAAAGGAUUUACUUACCCACUUCACCACCUUUCGUUUUUAGUGAAGUCUCUGCACAGUCAGGCUAGCAAUGUGUGAGCUAUGAAGCUUUGUCCUGCUUCUACAGAUAAAAGGCAAAAGGACUCCUAUGGAAGAUGGACAUCUUUCUCCCGUUUCCAGAAUAUGUUUCCAGGCUCAUCAGUGAAACCUGAUCCUGCUGCUCUGUGUUAAAAUGCUUGAAGAACACUCCCAUCUCUGACAACGCCAGCUUCCAUCCUGUUGAAACCAUGGUCGUCUCUGCAGUGUUGACGGUGUCCCAUACUGGGGCAUCCAACACAACGUUCGUAGUCUAUGAAAACACCUACGUGAAUAUUACGGUCCCUCCACCAUUCCAGCUCCCUGGCGAUGCUCCGCUGCUGAGAUACAGUGUUGAAACCCUGGCUCCCACUGGGAUGAGUUCCCUAACAAUGAAUAGUACAGCUGUGUCCCCAACACCAGCAGCUUCCAAGAGCCUCAACUUGCCUCUCCAGAUCAUCCUUUCUGCUCUGAUGAUAUUUAUUCUGUGUGUGUCUUUUCUUGGUAACUUGGUUGUUUGCCUCAUGGUUUACCAAAAAGCCGCCAUGCGAUCUGCCAUUAACAUCCUCCUGGCCAGCCUGGCCUUUGCAGACAUGUUGCUUGCAGUGCUGAACAUGCCUUUUGCCUUGGUCACUAUCCUUACCACCAGAUGGAUUUUCGGGAAAUUCUUCUGUAGGGUAUCUGCUAUGUUUUUCUGGUUGUUUGUGAUAGAGGGAGUAGCCAUCCUGCUCAUCAUUAGCAUUGAUAGGUUUCUUAUUAUAGUCCAGAGGCAGGAUAAGCUAAAUCCAUACAGGGCUAAGGUUCUCAUUGCAGUUUCUUGGGCAGCUUCUUUUUGUGUAGCUUUUCCUUUGGCAGUAGGGAACCCUGACCUGCAGAUACCUUCCCGAGCCCCCCAGUGCGUGUUCGGGUACACAACCGAUCCGGGUUACCAGGCUUAUGUGAUUUUGAUUUCUCUCAUUUCUUUCUUCCUGCCCUUCCUGGUGAUCCUGUAUUCAUUUAUGGGCAUCCUCAAUACUCUUCGGCAUAAUGCCUUGAGGAUCCACAGCUACCCUGAAGGUAUAUGCCUCAGCCAGGCCAGCAAACUGGGUCUCAUGAGUCUGCAGAGACCCUUCCAGAUGAGCAUUGACAUGGGCUUUAAAACGCGUGCCUUCACAACCAUCUUGAUUCUCUUCGCUGUCUUCAUCGUCUGCUGGGCCCCGUUCACCACUUACAGCCUUGUGGCAACGUUCAGCAAGCGCUUUUACUAUCAGCACAACUUUUUUGAGAUCAGCACCUGGCUACUCUGGCUCUGCUACCUCAAGUCUGCGUUGAACCCACUGAUUUACUACUGGAGGAUUAAGAAAUUCCAUGAUGCCUGCUUGGACAUGAUGCCUAAGUCCUUCAAGUUUUUGCCGCGGCUCCCUGGUCACACACGGCGACGGAUACGCCCCAGUGCUGUCUAUGUGUGUGGGGAACAUCGGACGGUGGUAUGAAUAUCGGAACUGCCUGACAUUUUGGGUGAUGGCUGUUCUUUAUCUGACUUUGAAUUUUCUUUCUCUUGGCUUCUCCACUUAAACGUUGUUGUUUUAUUCAUAGGGUAUGUAUAUAUGUGUAUGUGUGCAAUGUGAAGAAAGAAUGGUGAUUAGUUAUAAGUCUGUUACCAGGGAUACACAAUAGGGAAGUGAUCCCAAGUGUUACCUCCAGGGUUCAAGAGAAAUCUUUGAUUUAGGGUGGGGAGAUGGUUUUCUAUAACUUCAGUUGAUGUUGAUUUGUAGUAGGAAUCAGGAUUCUGCUUUAUUGAGCCUGAAGUUACAUUGAAUUUUAGGUAUAUUGUAUGCUGCUAAGAUAUGCUUAGUUGCAUUUAUCAAAAUUUUUUUUUUUUCUGGAAGACACUGCUGCUUUUUGCCAUCACGUUGGAGCCAAAAACCACAUACAUCUCAGUAGAUAGUUUUAUUUAAGAAAAAUAACCCAAGGGGGUGAGUGACAUUUUAAAGGUCAUUAAUAUUUACUUUGGUGCACUUUAAGAAACAAUGUACAGACUAAUUCAGUCAUGUUUUUCAGAAUUGCUUUUAUACAUGACAUGUUGUGCUUUAGGAAAUGUUACAUUAUUUCUAGGAAGAUAGUUUUUUUUUUAAAAAAAUGUUUUAUCUGCAUGUACAGUUUUAAAGGAGAGAACAUAAAAAUGUAGAACUUUUGCUAAGCACAAUAGUGAAUCUUUACAGAAAUAGGGCAGAGUUGAGAAGAUGGAGCACCCUCGAAAAUGUAAAUGAAAUGCAGAGAGGCUACGGCUGCUGGGGGCUGUGGCGGUCUCUUUUACUCACAGAUUCUCCGAGUUCAGUGGGAGAAGGGUCUCCAUUUGUUAGGCAUCUACCGGGUGUCAGCCACCGUGCAACAUUUUAUCCUCACAGUGUGCCGUGAGGGAGGCUAUUAUUUCUUCCUUUUGCAGACGAAGAAGGCAAGUCUCAAAGAGACUUAAACCCUGCCCAGGGUUAGUGGUAGAGAGGUCAGAAAAUCCAUCUGCGUCCUGAGACUGCUAUUCUGCCGUACUGCACAGACACGGCCUUCAGAUUUGCAAGUUCCAUGACCAAGAGGGACCUAUGUGUAUUCUUCCAUUUGUUUUUUUUUAGACUGAAACCUUCUUUUUAAAAAAAAAUAGCUUUUUUUUUUUUAAAUUACCAAAAGGAAUUACAUGACAGAAAGUCUGAAAAAUAGAAAGGAAAAAAAUAAAAUCAUUCAUAACCUCCUUUAUAAAGUGGAACUUAAAAAUCUUAGAUAAGGGUAUAAGGAAAUAAGGCAAAUUUUUGAUUUGCAAAACAAGUGACAGUUAUCAAGAAGUUAAAUACAGCUGUCUUUAGGUCUUUGCCCUGUAGGUUUAGAUGUUUCCAGUUGUCCAGCUGUAUUUCUCAGUGUUCUGGACAGAAUGCCGUGUGGUUGCCCCGGUGCUUGCCCAGAGCAGAGCUGGCUGUUGAAGAAUGUGAAUGCUUAGAGGUGAACAGAAACCCUGGUCUGAGCCUUGAGCAAGUUUUCACUGGGGCAGGUCUAGGGUUUCAAAUUCUUCUUCUCUUGCUGAUAAUCUGCCUCUUUCCACUGCCCCACGUGUAUCUGGGGCCUUCGGUGCCCUUCUCUCUCCAAUUCCAGGAACUGGAUGGCCCCCGAGAUGGGGCUUCAGACUAAGGCCGUCAGUGCUGAGAGUGUAGCCUGCUGGCUACACCAUGGACUUUAUAAAUAGUCGAGUUAACCAUGAACCCCCUUUGGGUCUACAGCACGCUUUUAGAAUUGUCGUGCCUUGUCACCAGUGGGAAGCCAGCCUCUGUUUCUUUAGCUGUACAGCCAGAGAGUUGGACUAGAUGAAUCUUCAAGAUCUUUUCCAACUAUAAUGCGACAGGAGAGAUUUUUUGAAAAGCCCAGCUGACAUCAGCAUCACUCUUUGGUCUCUAGUAUUAUUUUUUUUUUUACAUUUUACUUCUUUAGAUGUCUCUUAAAAUUGGAUGUCUGAAGAGCACGUGGCACCAUGGCAGGGGUUAGGAGUUUGGGAGGUGGAUGUCAUCAUGAAAGACUUGAGAAACGCUGUUCUUGAGGCAGUGGCCUUGUUACUGGGACUCAUUUUCCAGUUAACUUCUCCUCGGGGACUCAAGCAUGUUAUUCAACACAGUUUGAGAUCAUCUUCUGAUGAGGCUCACCUACCUCUUUGGUUCCUUAUUUAUAUUAUUCACAGGUAAAAUUGCUUUUAUCCAUUGGGGAUCUUACAGAGCAUAAACACUGUAGUAGAUAUUAGUAGCACAUUUAAGUGUAUCAUGCUUUCCAUUUUCAAUAUAAGCUAGAUUUCAGGCAGAUAUUAAGUCGUCUCUCUGAAAUUAGACUUUAUCUGAGGAAAGUCAGCAUGAUCUGUACUCAUCUUACCUGUCGGCAGCAGAUCUUGAGACACCGUUCAUGGUUGGAGUUGAGCCAGCUUUGUUUCCGUGGUCCUGCUUUUAUGAGCAAGGCUGCUGGUAGGUAGUGCAGCGUUGGGAGGAGCUCUGGAGUGCCUUCUAAGAGGCUCACUGUUUGUGAAAGAUGACCAAGAGGGGCCUUUGUGAGUUCAGCACCCACAUCGAACAGCAGUUCUCUUUACACUGGAUUGUCUUGAUCAGUCAGAUGACAGUUUACAAACCAUUUUGAACAUUUGUAUCACAUAUACAUUUUGAAAGCUUAAAAAAAAAAUACUAUAGUGUACCUUUGAACAAUUUAGGUGUAGUAUCAUCUAUUGCCUAUUCUAUAUUUUCUUGAUGGAAAAAAAUGCCACUAUGAGUUAUCAUCACUGGCUGACAUCAUCAGAAAUGUUUUUCUUUUUCCUUCAGGCUAAUAAGUAAGAAGCAGAAAAGAGACAAUGAAGUGUUUGUGGUCAAAACAAAGAGUCAAAAGAAAUCCUUAAUAAUCUGAAAUAGUGAUAUUCAAACUUUCAAAUAUUCAUUUGCAUUUAAGUCUUCCCAGGGGAGCUUGUUAACAAUAAAUACAGGUCACCAGGGCCCCCAGAGGGGCAUUGGGCCCACCAAGGCCCACUUCUGUCUUGUUGAGAAUUUGGUCUGAUUCUGGUUUAGAUGGUCUUUGGGGCAUACUUCAAGAAACACACCUGUGGGAAAUACAUCCACUUAAAAAUUGUCUGUUUUUUCCAAAAAAUGAUUUGUGUUGGAAGCCGUUAUCUCCCAGUGUAUGGGUAAUCCACACUGAGAAGAAAGUCUGUGUAUCACUGUGCCUAAUUUGCGGCCACCUGUGUGAGUGCUGGAUCACUCCAGAGUCAGCUUUAUCAUCUUUCAACUGGCACAGUUCUGAUAAAACAUAUAGUUUCAAAGUAGAGUGAAAAGGUGACUUCACAAUUGAAAGUGAUGCCUUUUAAGGAGUCUGAUUCCUGUCAUAUUUUCUUUUCUAGUUGAGAGGUAUCUUUAUUAUAUGUAACCUCCUGAAGAGUAAGGGGAAUGCAAAGAUUCAUCCAAUUCCUAUUGCUCUGCUUACACCAGUUGUGUUCAAUGGAAGCAUGAAAAAAUAAAACAACCAUUUAAAUCUAUGUAUUUCAGUUGCUGACAAGGAUACUUAAUAUUUGCUUUUGUUUACAUGAAAAUAUUUAUGUAUAUAUCACAGGAAAAAUGUCCACUUGCUUGACAUUUUAUUCUUCCAUGAUUUUUAAUGUUUAAAGGACUGUUUAAUUCAGAUUUUCACAACCAUAGUCUUCAUUGAAAACUCAGUUUUUAUAAUAAUAAAUGAAAAUGUCAAAGCACAUGUUUGUUAUUACAAGUAAAUGGUAAUACAGUUCUUAGAUAUUAAUUGGUACUAGUCCUUUGUAAUUAAAAUUAAUUUAUUUUACAAUGGUACCUAACCUAUAUGGAAAAAUCACUCUGAAUUUUGGGUUGUAAUAUUCAAAAUGUACAGUUAUUUGUGCAUAUUCUUAUUACAGCCAGGAAAAAAGCUACCAAUAAGAAAAAUGAAUAAAUGUUUAACAUUUCUAAAAGUGGAGUUUUUUUAAAGGACUACUUCAUUUAUCUUAGGAAAAAAAUUGUCAUGAAUAAUACUUUCUGUUCAAUUAAAAUCUGACUUUAGUUUCAA